AUGGACUGCCCCCCAGGCCGAUACUGCACCGAGUUUGGGGGGGUGCAGCUCUGUCCAGAGGGGCAUUACUGCCCCGGUGGCACUGGAGAGGACGUCCUGCCCUGCCCCCCGGGCACCUACAGCCCCCAGCCGGGGCAGAGUCACCUGGAGCAGUGUCUGCUGUGUCCUGCAGGGAUGUACUGUGAGGACUGGAGCUUGUCAGGACCCACAGGUCCCUGUCAGUCUGGAUACUUCUGCCUGGCAGGGAUAAACUUCCAGAAUCCAGAUGGCAACAUUAGCACGGGCGUGGGAGGGCCCUGCCCCAAAGGUCACUACUGUCCCGCGGGAACAAGCCUGCCCCUUCCCUGCCCCCCGGGGUCCUUCUCAAACAGGCUCCACGUGACGGAGAGAGCCGGCUGCACCCCCUGCCCCCCCGGCCAGUUCUGCGGCUCGGCGGGGCUGGCCUGGCCGUCUGGACCCUGCAGGGAGGGGCGCUACUGCCCCGGCGGAGAUUCGGCACCCACGGGGCCAGAAGCAGGGGGAGGGGUGUGUCCCGUGGCACACUACUGCUCCCCUGGCAGUGCUGCGCCCAUCCCCUGUCCCGCGGGCAACUACACCAACCUGAUGGGCCAGGCCCUGUGCUCCCGCUGCCACGCUGGGUACUACUGCCCUGAGAGGAUCAGCAACUACACCCGCUUCCCCUGCCCAGCUGGCUUCUACUGCCCCGACGGCACAAGGCAUGCCACACAGUACCCCUGUCCCCGUGGUUACUACAACCCGGAGCCCAUGACCCAGAGCCUGGACAGCUGCCUGCCCUGCCCCCCCGGACACUACUGCGAGAAGGAGCGGCUCACCAUCGUCUCAGGGAAGUGCAGAGCCGGCUGGUUUUGUGUCUCUGCAGCCUGGAACUUUCAGCCGUUUGACCUGGACAACUACACCAAUGCAAACUGCCUGUGCCCUGCCACCUCCACUGGGGGGCGAUGCCAGGAGGGCUACUACUGCCCCGCGGGAAGCUCUGAACCCCUUCCCUGCCCCCCUGGGGCCUUCUGUAAUGCGACAGGACUGGCCCAGCCUGUGGGCCCUUGUUCUCCAGGUUAUUACUGCAGUGGAGGAGCCACACGUCCCCGGCCUACCGAUGCAGUCACCGGAAACAUCUGCCCCCCCGGGACAUACUGUGGUAACGCUUCAGGAGAGCCCAGGUUGUGCCCAGCUGGCAGCUUCUCUGCAGUAGCUGGCAUCUCCAGUGAGGCUCAGUGCCAGCGCUGUACAGCGGGCUCCUACUGCAGUGCUCCAGGCCUGCGGGCACCAACAGGACCCUGUAGCGAAGGGUACUGGUGUCCUCCAGGUCAAACAGUCGGGGUAGCUGAACCCUGCCCAGGAGGGCACUACUGUCCCACGGGCAGCCCUGCCCCCAUACCCUGCCCUGCUGGCAUGUACCAGGACCGGGAGAAGCAGCCUGUCUGCCUGGCCUGUAAGCCUGGAUAUUACUGUGAUCAGCACUUCGGAGCAGUUAAUGGCACCGGUCCCCGGCCCUGCCCACGGGGACACUACUGCCCCCCAGGAACGGGCACGGCCGCCCAGUUUGGCUGCCCAAUGGGGACAUUCAACCCCCGAGAGGGAGGGAUCAGCCUGGAAGACUGCAUGAUGUGUCCCCCAGGGAAGUUCUGCCCCGCUGCAGGGCUGUCAGAACCAGGAGGAGACUGCCAUGCUGGGUUCUGGUGCAAAGAGGGGGCACGCAGUCCCACUCCCACUGAGGGGGACACUGGCGUCCCCUGUCCUGCUGGCUACUACUGUCCCACCGGCACCGUCGCCCCCGUGCCCUGUCCGCUGGGCACCUGGUGGAACAGCAAAGGGUGUAAAAGCCCCGAGGAGUGUCAGCCGUGCCCCAGUGGCUUUUACUGUGACACCCCGGGCCUCAGCACCCCCUCAGGGCCCUGUUCUGCAGGGUUUUACUGCACUGAAAGAGCAGUGACCCCAACCCCCUCUGACAACAGGACCGGGGGACGCUGCCCAGAGCAGCACUAUUGUCCAGUAGGAACCAGUCAGCCUGUCCUUUGUGAGCCAGGGACCUUUAUUACUGUAACACAAGCCACUGCAUGCUGGCCCUGUCCCCCUGGCAGAUACUGUAUGAAUGGGACCAUACAGCUGUGCCCAGCAGGUUUUUACUGUCCUGAGGGGAGUGGCUAUGACUGGAGGGCGUGUCCUGAGGGCACAUACGGCGCAGACGCCGGCCUGACCGCCAUCUCUGAGUGCCGGGAGUGUGACCCCGGCCACUACUGCGGCCAGAGGAACGCCACCGCCGUCACCGGGCCCUGCCAGGAGGGGUAUUACUGCCCCGGGGGAAACGCCUCUCCGCAGCCGCACUCUGACUCUGCAGGGGAGGGGGGACCAUGCCCUGCUGGCCACUACUGCCCCCGGGGUGCUGCUGAGCCACAGCCGUGCCCGGAGGGCACCUUCAGCAAUCUGACCCGGCUGGUCUCCAAGGACGACUGCACGCCAUGCUCUCCUGGCCACUACUGCCGUUCUGCUGGGCUGACCUCACCCAGCGGGGAAUGCUGGGAAGGAUUCUUCUGUCAUCGAGGGGCAGUGCUCCCCAACAGUCCAAUCAGAGAUGGCAGGGGCGGGCCUUGUCCCCCAGGUUACUUUUGCCCAAAGGGCGUGGCGGCUCCACAGGUGUGUCCAGAGGGCUCUUUCAGCACCGUGGAGGGGCAGGCGAGCUGUAGCCGAUGUCCCCGGGGAUAUUAUUGUCCGGGCAAUGGUUCAUCCUAUCAGGGUCAUGAAUGCGCAACUGGCCAUUACUGUCCUGUGGGAUCCACCUCAAAAUACCAGCAGCCCUGUCCGGCUGGGACAUUUAACCCCCAUACAAGAAAGGGCCACCUGGAGGACUGCCUGCCCUGUCCCCCAGGGUUUUUCUGCGGUACUCCGGGGCUGAGUGCAGCAUCCGGACCGUGCAUUGCUGGGCACUUUUGCGUUGCCAGAGCAGCCACCCCAUCACCUGAGGAUGGGAAGACGGGAGACAAGUGUCCCAGAGGUCAUUACUGUCUGGAGGGAUCCAGUUCCCCAAAACAGUGCCCUGUGGGUCACUACAGUAACACCAGCGGGAACACAGAACUCUCCCACUGCCUGCCCUGUCCAGCCGGGUUCUCCUGUGCCAGCCCUGGACUCUCUGCCCCCUCUGGCCUCUGCCAGGCAGGGUACUACUGCCCCCUGAGACAGAACUCCAGCAACCCCACCUCCUACACCUGCUCACCUGGGCACAGGUGUCCGCCUGGCAGUGCCACCCAGAGUCCCUGUGCCCCAGGGACCUACCAGGACCGGCCUGGGCAGGCAGACUGCGCUCCCUGCCCCGCUGGACAUUUCUGCACAGGCUCCUCCCACCCUGAGACUGGCCACACCCCUUCCCCCUGCCCGAAAGGACACUACUGUCCGCCAGGUGCAAAGUCCGGGGUGGAGUUCCCGUGUCCAGUGGGCACGUUCAGUGACCGCACAGGGGUGUCCCGUGCCGAGCAGUGUGCCCCCUGCCCCCCGGGUAAAUACUGCGGCUCCGCGGGCCUGUCGGCCCCCACGGGGCAGUGCUCUGCCGGGUAUCUGUGCAUCCUUGGUGCUGUGGUUCCUCAGCCAGCUGGUGAUGCCAGUGGCGGGAGAUGCUCCUCAGGGACCUACUGUCCACAGGGUUCCGUUAGCAUGCUUCCCUGCCCUCCUGGAACAUAUAACCCUUUAGAAGGGGCGGCGUCUGUGGAUGCCUGCCUGCCCUGUCCACGAGGUCAGUACUGCGCAGGCAUUGGGCUGGACGCCCCGUCCGGGUCCUGCAGUCCGGGCCACUACUGCAGCCUGGGAUCCAGCUCAGCAGAGCCACAGGAGCUCUCCACAGCGAGCACCGCGCAUGAGUCAAACCUCUCGGACGAGGCGUUCCCCGCCCCGGGGGAGAACGGAGGAGGCGUGUGCCCCAGAGGGCACUACUGCCCCGCGGGGGGGGCCCAGCCCCUGCCCUGCCCGCCAGGCACUUUCCUCAGCAAAUAUGGUGCCCAGUCAGAGGCCGAGUGUCAGCCCUGCCCUGCGGCGUUCUACUGCCCUGAGUGGGGUCAGAGGUCAGCAGGACUGGAGUGUCCGGAAGGCUGGUUCUGUCCGGUGGGGUCAUCCUUGGGUCAGCUGCCAGAGCAUCGAUGCCCUGAAGGACACGCAUGCCCGUCUGGAAGUGCCAAGCCAGCUGUGUGCCCACCUGGUACUCAUCAGCCUUUACCUGCCCAGUCCACCUGCAGUCCCUGCCCACCAGCUUUUUACUGCCAGGGGGGUGUGUCUGCUCCUGUGCCCUGCCCAGGGGGGACCGUGGGUCAGACAGAGGGCCUACACUCCCAGCAGCUGUGUGCUCCCUGCCCCGCUGGGUCCUACUGCAACGGGAGCGCACUGACCACGCCCACAGGGCCCUGCUCUGCAGGUCAUUACUGCACCCUUGGAGCAGUGGAGCCAGCUCCGCUUUCUCAGGCCUACGGCGACUCCUGCCCCCCAGGGCAUUACUGCCCCCAGGGCAGCAGUUCUCCAGUGCCCUGUCCCAUGGGCACCUACCUCCCCAAUAAGGGUGCCCCAUUCUCGUCUUUCUGCACCCCCUGCCCUCCAGGCCACUACUGUGACUCCUUGGGGGCCCCACACCUCUCUGGAUUGUGCUCUCCAGGUCACUACUGUACUGAGGGAGCAGAGACUGCCACACCACAAGCCACCUCCUCUGAUCUGGGCUGCUCUUGUGAUGUAAUCCUUAAGGCAGCCAAUGACAUGCAUUCCCUCUGCUCCUGGGGGCGGAAUACAACCUGUCACACUCCAGAAGGUUCUGAGAAGAUGGGCAGAAACAUCCAGGCCCUGUCUCACCCUGCAAAUCUUCAGAAUGACACGGACAUCACCUGUGCCAGCUUCAAAGGCGAUAUCUGCCCUCAGGGGUUCUACUGUCCUGAGGGAUCAUCUGCACCCAAGUCAUGUGAUCAGGGUCUGUACUGUAACCAGACCGGCCUUGCCUCCCCCUCUGGGCCGUGUGAAGCAGGGUUUUACUGUCCCAGAGGCUCUACCCACCCUCAGACCUCCCCCUGCCCCCCUGGAAACUACUGCCCCCUGGGCACUCCCUACCCUCUGCCCUGCCCUCCGGGCACCCUCCAAAGCGCCCCUGGUGGAUCCGCUCUGGAGGACUGCCCGCCCUGCCCCCCCGGUCACUACUGCAGUCAUAGUGGGCUGGUGGUCCCCAGUGGCCCGUGUGCAGCCGGCCAUUACUGUCCGGCGGGCCAGGCCACCUCCAGGCCGCCUGAACACGCGUGUGCAGCCGGUCACUUCUGCCCGCAGGGGAGCGCCAGAGAGACAGCCUGUUCCCCUGGCAGCUAUCAGCCCAGAGAGGGUCAGGAGGCAUGUGCCGUGUGUCCUGCGGGGUCUGUCUGUCCUAAGGAAGAAAUGAUACACCCAAUGCCUUGCCAGGCGGGAUUCUAUUGCCCCAUGGGUACAGCCAGUCAACUUCUGUGUCCUCCUGGUAGCUAUGGGAACCACUCAGGAUUGACGGAAGCUUCAGAGUGCACCCCAUGUGACCCUGGAAUGUACUGUAAAGGUUCAGGGAACACCUCUCCCACGGGUCCCUGCAGUGCUGGGUUCCUCUGUUUUGGGGGAUCUCCUCUCCCGUCCCCCACUGACGAAGUGACCGGGGCCCAGUGUCCCCCAGGAUUCUACUGCCCUGCUGGCAGCUUCUCCCCCAGGUCCUGCCCCAAAGGCACCUUCAGUGAGCAGAGUGGACUGGCUGAACCCUCACAGUGUCGCCCGUGCAGUCCAGGGCACUACUGCUCUGAGCCCGGUCUGAGUGCAGUGAGCGGACCCUGCCUGCCAGGCUAUUUCUGCCUGGAGGGGUCGCAGAGUGCCGCCCCAGAUCGGAGUGCGUUUGGGGGCGUGUGCAGCCCUGGGCACUACUGUGAGAGUGGCACUGCUAGCCCCGCCCCCUGCCCCGCUGGCACCCAUCGCCCAGACAACGGCGGACGGCGCAUAGAGGACUGCAUGGCGUGCCCUGCUGGCUGGUUCCAGGGGCAGGAGGGCCAGAUGGAGUGCACGCCCUGCCCUCCCGGAUUUCACUGCCCCCCUCCCUCCCAGGGCUCCAGCGCGGCCAGCGCCCCCCUGCCGUGCCCAGCGGGGUACUUCUGUCCCCGUGAGACCCCUCCGGCUGGCCCCGCCCCCUGCCCUAAAGGCACAUUCAGCUCAGCUCUGGGGCUCAGUGCUGCAGGCCAGUGCUUGCCGUGUCCAGAGGGAUAUUUCUGUGGGUCAGAGGGGCUGGUUGAGCCCACGGGACGCUGCAGGCCAGGGUUCCUCUGUUUCGGGGGUGCCCAGGUGCCCAACCCUACUGACCAUCAGACAGGGUCCCCCUGUCCCAGAGGGGCUUUCUGCCAGCAGGGGGUCAUCGUAAGCCUGUGUUCAGAGGGGUACUACUGUGCCUGGGGAUCCAGCAGUCCGGAGCCUGACCUGUGCCCCACCGGGUACUACUGUCCCACAGGCACGGACGCCCCCGCCCCCUGCCCCCCGGGAACCUUCAGCCCCAGGAGGGGGAACGCCGGACAGGACGACUGCGUGGCCUGCCCUGCCGGUCACUUCUGCCAGGGGGAAGGGGUAGUUCAGCCUGAGCCAUGCCCAUCGGGGCAUUACUGCCCACCAGGGGCAGCAGUGGGUACCGAGUUCCCCUGCCCCCCAGGGACAAUGCGUCCCCAGCGUGGGGGGGCUGGCCCAGAAGACUGCCAGCUGUGUCCUGCAGGGAUGUUCUGUGCCCUGCAUGGAUUAGUCCAGCCCACGGGACCCUGUCAGGCUGGGUUCCACUGCCCCCCAGGAGCCAGCAGCCCCAAUUCCACAGGAUAUAUGGUCAGAUCUGCUGCUAAUGGCCUGUGUCCCCCAGGGCACUACUGCCCGGCUGGCGAGGGCUACCCCCUGCCCUGCCCGCCGGGCUCCUACUCCAGCUCCGUGGGCCUGAGGCGGGCAGAGCAGUGCCAGGCUUGCCCUGCGGGUCACUACUGCGACCGCCCUGCGCUGACCCAUGUGUCUCAGGCUGCUCUGUGUGAUGCAGGGUAUGUGUGUUUGGGAGGGAGCCUCAGCCCUCGCCCCUCUGAUGGUCUCCAGGGUUACCUGUGCCCCCGUGGGUUCCGCUGUCCCAUUGGCACGCCCAUGCGAGUUCCCUGUGAGCCAGGCUCCUACGGGCCCACCCCCGGCGCCACGCUCUGCACCCCCUGCCCAGCUGGCACAGUGUGCCCCUCUCCUGCCACACAAGAGCCUUCUACCUGCCCUGCAGGACACUACUGCGAGGGCGGGACGGCCUUAGCACAGGCGUGUCCCGCAGGGACCCUCAGCGAGCUGACGGGGGCGCAGUCCCCCUCCACCUGCGUGCCCUGCCCUGCCGGGCAGUACUGUAGCACACCUGGAUCCUCACAGCCACAAGGUCAGUGCCGGGCGGGGUAUUUCUGCCAGGGCGGGGCCACUGACCCGGCCCCUCAGGGCUCUCCUAGCUUCCCCAGAAACGGGCCCUGUCCCCUGGGCCACUACUGCCCUGCCGGGACGCCCUCUCCGCUGCCCUGUCCCACAGGCAGCGUUCUGAACCACACAGGCGGACACAGCAUAGAGAGCUGCCUGCCGUGCCCGCCUGGGCAGUACUGUGCCAGCGAGGGGCAGGGAUACCCAAGCGGCCCCUGCUCUGACGGCUUCUACUGCCCCCCCAAUUUCUCCUCCGCCAGUCCCCUCGGCUUCCUUUGCCCCAAGGGUCACUACUGUCCUUUGGGCUCGGGCCACGCCCUGCCUUGCCCUACAGGGGAGUACCAGCCGAACCCCGGUGCCUCCGGCUGCAUCCCAUGCCGCCCGGGGUUCUACUGCGAGGAGACCAUCGCUGGAGACCCCUGGCCCUGCCCCGCCCACUCCUACUGCCCUGCAGCAACGAUGGUUCCCCUGCCCUGUCCCAAUGGCACAUUCACCCCACCCGACCUGAGGGGACUGCAGGAGGAGGGCGAGUGUUUGCCCUGCCCCCCCGGCAGGUUCUGCAGGGCUGGCAAGGUUCUGGGAUGCUGUGCUGCAGGGUACCUGUGUUUUUCGGGUAGCGCAGAGGCCACCCCCCAAGGGCCGCCCCUGCAGGAUCGGAGCCAGUGUAGGAGGGGUGUCCAGUGUGCUGGACCCUGCCCAGCAGGAUUCUACUGUGUGGAGGGCACUGAGGAACCUCAGGCUUGCCCCGCCCACACGGUGAGGGCCAUGCCCGGUGCCACAGGGAGACAGGACUGCUUGCCCUGCCCCCCACAGCACUGGUGCAGAGAGGGAGACCCCAGCCUGCACCUUUGCCCUGCUGGGCAUUACUGUGAUGGGCUGGGGGAGGGGGAGGGGGAGUCUGAGGGAGGAGUAGGUCCCAAAGAAUGCCCCCCCUUCACCUACAGAUCCACCCCGGGGGCACGGAACAGGGGCGACUGCCACCCCUGCCCCGCUGGCUCCUUCUGUAAUGACACAGGACUCACUGACUACAGCGCCCACCCCUGCCCCCCCGGGUUCUGGUGCAGCGGAGUGGGCCCCCCUGUCCUAUGCCCGGCUGGCACUAUGAGACCCCUGCCGGGAGCAGGCUCACCCAGCCAGUGCAUGCCCUGCCAGGCUGGCACCUACUGCCCGGACCCCAGGUCCACGGGACGGCCCAACAUCCACGGCACCCCCUGCCGGUCCGCAUUCCAGUGCCCCGCAGGUUCGGUGAUGGAGACCCCCUGCCUGGCCGGCUCGUACUGCGGCCCGGGGACCGGAGAGCCCACCCCCUGUCCCGGAGGAUUCGCCUGCCCCGAGGGGUCUGCCGCCUACAACACCCCACAGCAAGUCUGUGCGUUCCCUCACUACUGCCCGGAGAACAGCUCCUCCGCGCGGCUCUGCGAUGGGGGGUACGCGCCCCUCAACACCAGCGGCCUGCGGGGGUCCCGGGACACCAGCUGCGUGCUCUGUGAGGGGGGGACCUAUCGCCCCGGGUCAUCCCCAGACCCGCACUGCCUCACCUGCCCCGCGGGCUACCACUGCCCCCCAGGGACAGAGCGCUACUGGAGCAACCCAUGUCCCGUUGGGUAUUUUUGCCCCUUGGGCUCCGACAACCCCACCUCUUGCCCACCUGGUUCCUAUGGCAACAGCACCCAUGCAAAGCUUCUUGAGGAAUGCCAUCCAUGCCCGGCGGGCACCUUCAACCACCUCUCUGCGCAGAGGGCCUGUUUCCCAUGUGGAAGCUCAUCCUACUCACCAGAAGGCUCAGCUUCUUGUAUUUGUCUGGGUCAGAACCGGGCCUUCCAGCACUCUGACGGUUCCUGUCUGUGCAAGACCGGCUUCGUCUUCUACAACCAACUGGACUACAAGAGCACUGAUGCUGACAGUGUCUUAGACUGCCAGCCUGAGGUGAAUGAACGCUGUGGUGGGGGGCAAGUGCGGCUGGCAUCGUCUCGAGAGUGCGUUUCCACAUCUGCACACCUGUGUAACGUCACCUGUGGCACCCUAGGGGGGCAUCUCAAUGUGGAGUUGGGCAUCUGCCACUGUGAGCUGUAUGUGGCCGUGGAGGAGCUCUGCAACGCCUCGUGUCUGUCAUCGCUACCGCACGUCUCUGCCAGGCUGGCCUCGGACGGGCAGCUGCUGCUGAAGGUCAAAGGUCAGGGGGAGAGCAGUAUGUGGAGCAGGGAAGUGGUAGAUAUUUUGGGCCCCGACAUCCAUGUUAAGACUAUUGGAAGAGUCCACUUUGUCCAGUUUGGCUCUGAUGGGGUGUUUGGAUGGAUCAUGACCAACCAAACGCUGAUUGACAGAUUUCUUUCAGCUGAGCCCAGGACACCGUGGGACAGGGAGACCAGGAGAAGAAGCGAUUCCAGUAAUGUCGGGGAGUUCUCAGACUCUCCCCCUGUGCCACGCAUUCCCAACCCCAUUGCUUGCCUGGCAUCCAAUGACAUGCUGCUGUUUCAGCUCACCAUCAACCACGCCGACCGCCAUCUCAGCCACUUCCCAGUGUACCAGAAAGAUCAUCUCUUCAGCAGCAACCCCAGCUGGGACUUUGGCGCGUUCCGCAAGCUGGAGCAGCUCAUAAAGCACAGCCAGUACAACUCCUCCAGGUUCGCGCACGUGUUCACGCAGUCGGGGAAGUACGUGUUCCUGGACAACGGCGUGCCGGACCGGAGCCUGAUCGUGGCGGUGAGCGAGCGCGGCACGGAGUGCGACCCUGCCGCUCCCGCGUUCCAGCCUGCGUCCCCCGCCCAGCUGGUGAGGCACGGCAUCCUCAGGCAACCCCGCCUCAACCUGCUGCCCAACUGGGGCGCCAUUGCAGGGGUGCUGGGCCUCCUGGUGCUGCUGACCGUAGUUCUGAUCGCCACGGCUCUGGUUCUGAAGCCCAGCAGAGUCGGGCUCAUCGAUCAGGGGCGACCAAAGCCCAAAUGGAGAAGCCUUGGGGAACCUAGUAUCCCUCCUGGAUACGUCUAUGCUGGAGGCGGCGUGGAUGUUUGUGACGUCCUGGGACACAGAGGUGUUGGAGAGGGAGCAGAAGCAGAGGAGCCGGCUGUCUGCAGGGGGUAUAAGAAUGGAAGAGUGGAACUGGAGGAGUUCAACGUCAAAACUCUUUAUGACAAACUGGAAGACCAGACGCUUCACUUGGUCUCCCAGCUGGCGAAGCACCGCAAGGACAACUUGGAGUUCUACCGCAACAUCUGUCAGCAAACAGAUUCUGUGAAGGAUCUUCUGGAGAACAUGGACCAGGCCAAGCUGAGCCAGCUGAGGGAACUGCUCUCCCUGAAAUCAGGCGAUGACAUCACGGCAGAGAAGGAGACGGUUAAAGACCCCUCGGCGUCCCUGCUGGAGGCCGCACUCAGAGCAGUGGAGGGGCUCAUACACAGAGCUGAAGGAGAGAGCUGGGCACAGCAGGACGUGGCUGCAGAAACCUGCCCAGGAGAUGUUGGGGACGGUGGGGCACACACAGGCUAUGCACAUGGCUUCCCUGACUCUACGCAGUUGUCCUCUCCUGACAUGGCUGAACCAAAAACGCUCCAGGUAACAGCCACAGCGACCCAACAGAGCGCAGCGGGCGGUCUGAGCGAGCAGGACCUCUCCAAGCUGGUGGCCCUCACACCACUCUCCAAAACUCUGCGGGAGAUCCAGCACUCUCUCCAGAGCUUGCCAUCUGCAGAAGAAGAUAAGGCUGUUUUCCAUGAGUCAGAGCAGGAGUCAGUGGGGCACCUAGUUCCUGUUGCCCUGGGCAACCUGCCUCCCCAUCACUUCGCCGUGUUCCUGUUCGGCUGCCGGGUUGCACGCCUGCUGUGCGGCGGCCACGGUUUUCCCCCGCUCACGCUGCUUCUGGCUCGGGCGGUUCCACUCUCACGCCUCACCGGCCUGGCAGAGCACUGCCGCGGGGACUUCUAUUAUGACGCCGCCAACCGUAUCCUCUACCUCCACCAAGAUAAGCUGGGGAACGCUGGGGAGUUCAUCGCCACGCUUCUUCACUCCAUGGCCUGCAUUGCCUCAGGUUCAACAACAAAAGGCUUCAUCCAAGCUUUCCACAGCGCGGUCUCUGCUCUAAGUUUGGUCCUGUUCCACUCCUCCUUCACCAGCAGAAUAAACAAGACAGGGGAGAUUAAAGAGGAAUUCACUGGGGCGUUAGCUGAAGAAUUUCUCAGCGUCAAAGUUCCAAUUGAAAUGGGCUUCUCUGAGCCUGAGCUUGCAGAAAGACUUCAGAAAUUCAAGUUCUUCAAGUUACAGCAGUAUCUGCGAGAAAUGAAAUCUAAUCAAACACAGGAGAAAGUGGCGGAGCCUGGAUCUGAGAAUGGGGAUGCUGCAAUAAAGGUUCUCAGUGUGGAGCAGGAAAUUGACCGUUUAAAUGAAGUUUUCCUGCAGCUGAGUGUGGGGCUCCAGGGAAGGGCAGAGAGGAGGGGAGGGCAGGACUACAGCGGGCCUACACAGGGAACUCUUGAGCCCUGCCUCAGUCGCCAUGGAACCCUUCUUCUGGAUCUGAAGAGGCGAUGUGUGGACCAAAGGCUCAGUGAGAUGCAGGCCCAACUGACCCAGCUUAGCAUGCAGCAGCCAGGCAGCCAGAAGCCAGACAGCCAAGAACCAGCUAGCCAAGAACCAGGCAGUCAGGCACCAGAGAGCCAAAACCGAGAUAACCAGACACCAGACAACCAGGGACCAGACAGUGAGCUUGCAGAGAGCCAGAAACAAAACAACCAUGACCCAGAGACUCAGAUGUCAGAGAACAUUCAUCCAUCAUUCAGUCAGGAUCCAGACAAGCUAAAGUCACCCACUCAGACAUUUCACAUUCAGAAACCAGACAACCAUAAAACAGACAGUGCGGGACCAAACAGACAGACAUCAGAGGUUCUUAUUACUGAGGAAAGUAGCUUACCAGCUGUAUUCUAGCACAAAUGUGUGUACCAUUUCCUGUGUACCGUUCAUUUGAGUCUGUCUUAACCACUCUUCCAAUAUUUAUGUUUUUCUCUUGAGUGCAAAUAUAAUGUUAUUUCUUAUUAAAUAUUCAUGUUAAUAAACUUUUAAUAAAGGGACACGCA